GAUCCCAGCCUGUCCAUUCGUCACAGCAAACAGAUCGGUGCACGCCGCCCCUCAUUUUGGUAGAAUUUCAUUAAGCCUCUUAGUUAUGGGACAUUAUCUACCAAACAGAUGCGUUGCCGGCUUAGUGCUUGUGUCCAGGUCGCAGUGUUCCUCUUUGACAUAACCAUUAAAACAUGCCGUCCAUUAGGCGUUCUCACAGUGGGGGUGUAGUUUUAGAGGAAAGCAGGCGAAACCAACACCGGUAGGUUGAUGCUUCCUGUAAACAAACCAGCUUCUCAUUGUUACCUAAAACCUAACUAUUCUGUUGUUUUGUAAACGGGUUUGUUUCUUUUGUCUUCAUUGAGCUCAGAAAAUAGAAGGCGCCGUUAAAAAAAACAAACUACAAGUCAUUGGACGAAGCUUCAGUCUGUCAAAUCCUUUAGCCAAUCACAUAACUCAAAUGACGUAAUGUGUGAAUACUUAAGGUACUCCUGGCCCAAGUCCUAAAUUGAUAGGUCUUCAAAUAUGCCGUCAAGGCGAAGAUUUACGGAGAUGGCCGAAGCAGCGUUUAGUGGGUUAGGGAAAAACACAGCAUCAAGAGGCAUCGCAGAGAGGGAAGUGCCUCACAUACGUCUGGUUGGUGAUGCCGAUGUUGAGGAAAUAUACAUAUUUGGAAAAAAGUUGGGCCACGGUAGUUAUGGGGUGGUGUAUGCAGCCACACACAUUAAAACACAGAGCCGAUGGGCCAUCAAAACUGUUUGCAAGGCAGAGCCAGGAAGUACAAAAAUCAAAAUGCUGGAGCAGGAAAUCAAAAUACUCAAACAUGUGGACCACCCUCACAUAUUACGUUUGGAGGAAAUCUAUGAAACUGCUCAGAUGACAUAUUUGGUUACUGAGCUGUGUGUUGGAGGGGAACUGAAGCAGGCUUUACAACAGAAAAAGUUAUUUCCAGAGGAGGAAGCAAAACACAUCAUCGGCUGUUUAGCUGACGCCAUCACUUACCUCCACAAAAAAAACAUAAUGCAUCGGGAUUUGAAACUUGAGAACAUUCUUGUGAAAAACUCUCUUGAUGAAUGUAAUGGCAAGCUUGAUAUCAAGGUGGCAGACUUUGGAUUAUCAGUGAAGACCUUGGGUGUUGGAAGUGAAAACAUUCUUUUUGAAGUUUGCGGGACUCCAAUCUAUAUGGCACCUGAAAUGAUGAGCCAACGUGGAUACACACACUGGAUUGAUAUGUGGAGCGUUGGAGUCAUUACGUAUAUUUUGCUUUGUGGGGAGCCUCCAUUUGUGUCCAAAACAAAAGAAACCCGCCUUAAGGAGAUUAAAACAAUAGGAGUCAGAUUUUCCUUACCUAUCUGGGACACAAUCAGUGAUGCAGCAAAAACAGUAGUGACGUGCCUCCUGAAGGCAAACCCUGCAUACCGCAUGUCAGCUAAUCAGCUAAGAGACAACUCGUGGAUUACAGGGGACACUAACACGCCUGCAAUGCCCCUCAAUGCACUAGAGAUGAUGCACAACUUCCACGAGCAGGAGAAGAGUACACAGGAGCCUGAAGAAAGCCAGAACUGCGAUUCUGUUGCCAAGAUCUCUUCACCGGCUUCAUCACAGACUGAAAGCAACAGCAUGAGUCACUCAGAUCUAAGUGACACUUCCUGCACACCUUCAACAUCCACUAAGCUGACAAAAAAAGAGUGCAGUAGUCAUCAUCUACAGGACAAAUGUAAAAGCUCAUCUUCAGCCCCAAAUCAUCCAACCACCCCACAGACUGGUGGGAAACCCUGCAAACAGUCAAGUGUAAAGUCACGCAAGUCUCAGCGUAAGAAGGACGUCAGCACGGUGCAGAAAGCAGCCUCCCAUCAAAAUAGCCACAGAUCACCACCACCCACUGUAAAAGUUUGAGUAACAAUGACAAGAGAUGCCUAACAUAACAGGGAAGAAAGUAUAUUUAGUGUUUUGUUUUGUUAUUAGAAUUUGGUUAUGUGUUUUGCACAUUGAAUGAUAUGGAAGUGAAUGUAUAGUGCAAUAUUGGUCACAAGUAGAUACACCGGUGAUGGCAGUGCCAAAUAAGUUUGUUGUACUCAGCAGCCACUGUACAUCUCGCCACAUUCAAUACAAGAGCUGCAUCUUUAUGAAGAUAGCACUCAUUUGAUUCUGCAUUGUCAGAGCUAUUCAUUUAAUAAUGUUUAUUAUUGUGGUUCCAUUUAGUUUUUUUUUUGUACAUGGUGUACAGCAUUCUACUCAGAGCUAUUUUCUUAGGUCAUUAGCUUUUAUUGGAAGCCGUUGCAAAUUAUGCCCCAUAUACACAAUUCGAAACCACAACCAAAAUGUUGAGGUGUACAUAAUAAUAUGGCCAGUAUAAAAUAUAUUUACUGUAGGAAAGCAGUUCAAAAAUCUAUAAUCUCCUGCCUGUGCUGUCCUGUUUGUGCCAAAGGGACUUGGUCUGUUGGACUGAGCUCUAACUGCACACAUAUUUACUUCUAUACCAAUAGCUGUUACCAGGCUGCCAAAACAAAUCGUUUGUGGAGCACUCUGUAACGUAAUCAAAAGGGCAGAAAAAGCAACAAUGGUGAAAUAUCUGUUUUUAGUUUAAGCAGCAAAUUGGAGUUAGAAAAGCCACACACCAAAGGUCCGUCCUUAAUCUUUGAUAUUAAAUGUGAAUGGCAAUUCGGAAUGGAACUGCUGGCACUGAGGUAAUGUCCUUCAAAUCAAGAAAAAAUAUUAAAUAAAUGAUGGUAUGACAAAAGAUGGCUUAUGUAGCAGAAAAUAAAAUCAAAAUCAGUCCAAGGUACAACUUUUAAUUAUACAUAAGUAAAGGUCUGCUAUUAUGGAAAAUGUAUUUUGAAAACAUUCUGACAGUAAUUUGUGUAUCUGCUUUACUUUGUGACUCCACUUUUAAAAGUCAGUUUUAUAAGGUCGUGAAGGAAAAACUUACCUCAUGAACAUGAUUCUUCAUUUGACUUGCCCAUAGCAAAUAAACCUGCUUUGUGUUUAUACCCCCACAACUUGAUGGAGGACAGAUGUCUGUAAAACCGGCUUCGCUACACAUUGUAAAAUAAAGCCUUAUGCUCUGCCAACUAUGCAACAAUCUGCUACUGAUGUGUGAAUUGUAAGUUUGAUUAUUUUUUUAAAUGAGGAAAUGUUACCAUUCUGGCUCACAUAGCUAUGCCAAUGUUGCUAUUGUUUCUGUACUCCUUUUCCAAUUCUUAAUGUUACGUUGUUGCUCCUUUUACCGUUGGGGUAACUAAAUCUGUGAGUCAUUUUGAUUGUGCAUAAAAUCCUACUCAACUGGAGUGAUUCCACUCACGACAUCUAUUACGUUGCACAAGUGCAGUUACAGUGUAUAUGUAAAAAAGUGCUUAUUUGAGCCACACACUUUGUCACAGAUAGGAACAGACUGCUUAUUAGCAUUUAAACAGUCGUAGUUAGAUUUUACGGCUAAUAAUGUAGCUCGCCGAUAUUUUACCACGCUAGAGUAGAAUUCCUUGGUGUUCGCUCUUCUAAUAACAAUGUCGCUACAGCUUGGUUAUUAUACAGCUUACAGAAUGUAAAUUAAGUAUUGUUGACGGUUUUUAAGUGCGUUUUUAAAGUGAUUUAGAGGUAGUAAUGAUUGCUCCCAUUAGCCGCAUUGCUAGCCGUCUAGAACAGCCGAUUUUUACACGUAUAGAAUGCAAAAAAAACCCAAACCCUUUUGUCUUCUUGUCCCUCAUAAAAAUUGUGAACGAUAGGCAAAAUAAAAUAAAAAAGUGCAGUUCAAAUUUAAAGUACCAGUAGAGUUGAAAAACAAGUAGAUUUUUAAUGCUUAUUUGUGUUUCAUUGUUUCUAUUAAACCAUAUCCAAUUGUAUUUAUAAUCUGCAAAGUAUUUAAAAACACAGUUUUGACAUCACAAAAUGCCACAAAUUCAGUCAGCCAUUUUGAAUAUUGCGCUCGAAAUACCUUCGACUAUUUUUGGAGAUUGACAUAAUCCGCUUCUGCAGUCUGACAAUGUUACCAGAUCAGUCAUACUGGAAAUACGCAAUCAUUGGAAAUAGAUUUGCUGUUUCUCAUUUACAAUCCUUAUGUAAGACAAGAACAUACUGUAUAUGCUUGGCUUUUUUGAUGCAUUCGAAAUCGUAAAUAAAUGGCCAACAAUUGAUUCAACAGAUCGAGGGUCCUCUGUUGCGCCCGUUUUACUCUCUCUAAAAACUUCCAGAAACUGCCAACAAUAUUCCAUUUACAUGUCCUGACAUGAAAAUGAUCCAAAAAUGAGUGAUAUUGUUAUUGUAAGCACCAAUGCAGACCGACUAUUUUAGCGGUGCAUAGAUAGCAGUAAGCUAUUGCUAGUUUACGCUGAUAUUGUUGACACACUGAGCAGACGGCUGCUUCUGCUUUGUCUCAAACUUGCUAAAAUGUAAUUAUAUAUUAUAUUUUGUGCUACUUUCACCUAGUAGUAGACAAAUGUGGCCAUGGUGUGACAGUCUGGUCGACUUCGACAUCCCCGAGAUGGCGAAAUAAACCCCACAAGACAUCCUGCAGGAACUUUUUUAAGGCCCUUUGUGAGGAUUGCGAUUGAAUCUUUAUCUAAACGUGAUUAUGUGAGCGUCUCAUCGGUCGGCAUCCCAGUGAAUUGAAAUAUUACAAUAAGUGUUUGUUUUAUUCAGCUUUGUUAUUGUUAGUUUGUAUGUUUAGCACCUAGCAAUGCUGCGGAAGCUAGUGUCAUAAUUAAUCUGCAUCCAUCACUCAGUUUCUAAAACGUAUUGCUCAUCUUUUUUGUGUUUGGGCUCAAAAAUAUAAGGUCAUGGAUUAUAAUUUUUGCAGUGACAUGAUUACUGACUAUAUAACAACCUUCUCUGCCUUUCAGGUAACCACCUGUGGUUAAGGUAAAGAAGCAUGUAUAGUCAAAAUAAAUUGUGUGAUCGAUCUGUGAUUAUACAUGAUUAAUGCAAUAUUUUUUGUGAUUAAUCACAUUAAUUAAUGUGUAAAAUUUGACAGCCAAAUGGUCUAAAAACACAUUAAUCGGGGACCUUUAAAGUACGAAUUAUUAUGCUUUGCAAUAAUUUACUAUCAAUACUGAUUAUACUGUCUUAUAAUAAUAUCCUAUGAUGUCCAAGGUAGCCAAGGUCUAAGGCAGUGGUUCUCAACCUUUUUUCACUGAUGUAUCCCCUGUGAACAUUUUUUUAAUUCAAGUACCCCCUAAUCAGAGCAAAGCAUUUUUGAUUGAAAAAAAGAGAUAAAGAAGUAAAAUACAGCACUAUGUCAUCAGUUUCUGAUUUAUUACAUUUUAUAAAAGUGCAAAAUAUUACUCAUUUGUAGCGGUCUUUUUUGAACCAUUUGGAAAAAAACAUUUAAAAAAAUAACUAAAAACUUGUUGAAAAAAUAAACAAGUGAUUCAAUUAUAAAUAAAGAUUUCUAUACAUAGAAGUAAUCAUCAACUUAAAGUGCCCUCUUUGGGGAUUGUAAUAGAGAUCCAUCUGGAUUCAUGAACUUAAAGGCCUACUGAAAUGAGAUGUUUCUUAUUUAAACGGGGAUAGUAGGUCCAUUCUAUGUGUUAUACUUUAUCAUUUCGCGAUAUUGCCAUAUUUUUGCUGAAAGGAUUUAGUAGAGAACAUCGACGAUAAAGUUUGCAACUUUAGGUCGCUAAUAAAAAAGCCUUGCCUGUACUGGAAGUAGCAGACGACGUGCGUGUGACGUCACUGGUUGUAGAGCUCCUCACAUCUGAACAUUGUUUACAAUCAUAGCCAGCAGCAGCUAGAGCUAUUCGGACCGGGAAGCGACAAUUUCCCCAUUAAUUUGAGCGAGGAUGAAAGAUUUGUGGAUGAGGUAAUUUAGAGCGAAGGACUAGGAAAAAAAAAAAGGCGAUUGCAGUGAGAGCGAUUCAGAUGUUAUUAGACACAUUUCCUAGGAUAAUUCUAGAAAACCCCUUAUCUGCCUAUUGUGUUGCUAGUGUUUUAGUGAGUUAAAUAGUACCUUAAAGUCGGAGGGGUGUGGCCAUGGGUGUUUUGACCCCAGAGUCUCUGAGAGAAGUCACGGCUGCAGCAGGAGGUCGCUGGCUCCGCUAAACUCCGGUAAGAGGCGACUUAUUUCCAUAAUUUUCUCACCGAAAACUGCCGGUUGACAUGUAGUCGUGAUCCAUGUUUGCUUGAUGGCUGUGAUCCAUAAUAAAGCUUCACCUCCGGGAAUUUUAUACAAGGAAACACCGUGUGUUUGUGUGGCUAAAGGCUAAAAGCUCCCCACCUCCCUCUUUCUACUUUGACUUCUCCAUUAUUAAUUGAACAAAUUGCAAAAGAUUCAGCAACACAGAUGUCCAAAAUACUGUGUAAUUGCGCGAUGAAAAGAGACAACUUUUUGCCGUAAGUGGUGCUGGGCUAAUAUGUCCCCUCCAACCAAUAACGUCACAAACACACGUCAUCAUACGCGUCACCAUUCCGCGACGUUUUCAACAGGAAACUCCGCGGGAAAUUUAAAAUUGUAAUUGAGUAAACUAAACCGGCCGUAUUGGCAUGUGUUGCAAUGUUAAGAUUUCAUCAUUGAUAUAUAAACUAUCAGACUGUGUGGUGGGUAGUAGUGGGUUUCAGUAGCCCUUUAAUUCUAAACAUUUCUUCACAAAAAAAAAGACAUCUUUAACAUCAAUACUUAUGGAACAUGUCCACAAAAAAUCUAGAUGUCAAGACUGAAUAUUGCAUUGUUGUAUUUCUUUUCACAGUUUAUGAACUUACAUUCAUGUUUUGUUGAAAUAUUAUUCAAUAAAUACAUUUAUAAAG